CGGAUACCCCUCGGAGGCCCCGCGCGGAGGCGGCGCCCGCGGUGGCGAUGUGCGCGGCCGGCGGCCCCCGCCAGAGCGGCCGGACUGCUUGGGCGCCGCGGCGGCGGGGCAGCAGUGCCGGCGAGCCGCUCCCGCCCGCCGCGCAGCCGGAGCCCGCCUGGGAGCCAGCCGUGAGGGCGCCGCGGCUGCGGCCCGCGCCCGACCCCACGGCGGAGUUCCGGCUGCUGGUGCUCCCGCCCGCCGCGCUCGCAGACCUCGCCGCCUUCGAGCCCGCAGCGGCCGGCAAGGAGCGCAGCUCCUGCUGCUCGUUCGCCUCCGCGGACGGCGUCUGCAGCACGGCCGAGCCCCAGAGCGACCAGGAAGACAUCGAUUCUCCCGGACUCCGCGACGCAUUGCUCGGCGAUGCGCUGCAGGAGGCGCACUUCCGGGACGUCGAGGGCGCGCUGCUGCAGCGGGACCCUGCGGGCGCGGGGCGCCCCGACGACGACGGCCCCGGGGAGGAGCAGCAGAUCCGAGGCACGGACCCUGGCCUGCCCUUCUUCAUGCGAGCCUUCCUCUGAGCAGAGAGGGCUCCAGACGUCCGCGGUCGGCUUGCCGCCCGGGCCUCUGGCGCCGAGGGAAGCGCUCAGCCCUCGUAGCAGGCCCCUCCCGUCGCCCGCGCUCUUUUGGCACAGCGCGGGGCGGCAACGCGGACGGGCCGGAUCAGCCGACGCCAAUCUGCAGCACGGCGCCAGGGGGUUUUGAGGGGGGUCAGCCGUCCGCGGCCUCGUCGGGGGGGGGGCUCAGCGCUCGGGCGCUCGU